AUGGCCGGCCCUGUCGACGCACAGUCGAUCUCCAAGAAGCGGAAGAGAAAGCACGCCGUAAAACCGGCGACAGACAAUGCCCCGAAGCCGGCGACCGAGACAGAUGCACGCUCGCCCGCAACGGUGAAGAAAGCUACUGCACCUGCUACAAAGACUGCGGUUGACAAGUCGACUAAGAAGCGCAAAGUGAGCCAAUCGCCAAGUGACGACGAAAGCGACGCAGACGAGCACGCCGAUGAGGAGGAGGAAGAGGAGGAGGAGGUUUCAGCGAACGGAAAUGGCGCUGCUACGGAUCUUCCUGCCAUGGACGACGUUACCCUUCCCCAGACGGGCGCCGAGCUGCAGAAGUUCACGGAGCUGAAUCUCUCGGAGAAGACCAUGCAGGCGAUCAACGAUAUGGGCUUUGAGACGAUGACCGAGAUCCAGCAGCGUACCAUUCCUCCACUGCUGGCAGGCCGGGAUGUUCUUGGUGCUGCCAAGACGGGCUCUGGAAAGACGCUGUCGUUCUUGAUUCCUGCCGUGGAGAUGCUGAGCGCACUACGAUUCAAGCCUCGGAAUGGUACUGGUGUCAUUGUCGUGUCUCCUACCCGUGAACUGGCGCUACAGAUCUUUGGAGUCGCCCGAGAACUCAUGGCGCACCACUCGCAAACGUAUGGAAUUGUCAUCGGGGGUGCCAACCGACGGGCUGAGGCGGACAAGUUGGUCAAGGGUGUCAACCUUAUCAUUGCCACGCCCGGCCGUCUUCUUGAUCACCUGCAAAACACACAGGGAUUCGUGUUCAAGAACCUCAAGACCCUGGUUAUCGAUGAGGCGGAUCGGAUUCUGGAGGUCGGAUUCGAGGAUGAGAUGCGACAGAUCGUGAAGAUUCUACCGUCGGAGGAACGCCAGACCAUGCUGUUCUCUGCCACUCAGACCACCAAGGUCGAGGAUCUGGCACGGAUAUCCCUGCGACCCGGUCCGCUGUACAUCAACGUCGACCACCGCAAGGAACACAGCACCGUGGAAGGCUUGGAGCAAGGAUACGUGGUCUGCGAGGCCGACAAGCGCUUUUUGCUCCUGUUUUCCUUCCUCAAGCGUAAUUUGAAGAAGAAGAUCAUUGUAUUCUUCUCGAGCUGCAACUGUGUCAAGUACCACGCCGAGCUCCUGAACUACAUCGACCUGCCCGUCCUGGAGUUGCACGGGAAACAGAAGCAGCAGAAGCGCACCAACACCUUUUUCGAAUUCUGCAACGCCAAACAAGGCACUCUGAUUUGUACCGACGUCGCCGCUCGUGGCUUGGAUAUUCCCGCCGUCGACUGGAUCAUCCAGUUCGAUCCCCCCGAUGAUCCCCGUGACUACAUCCACCGUGUCGGACGAACCGCCCGCGGUGCCGACGGCAAGGGCCGCAGCCUGAUGUUCCUGCAGCCAUCGGAGGUUGGGUUCCUGAAGCACCUGAAGGAAGCCCGCGUGCCCGUCGUCGAGUUUGAGUUCCCGGCGUCGAAGAUUGUCAACGUGCAGUCUCAACUGGAGAAGCUGAUCGGGCAGAACUACUAUCUCAACAAGUCGGCCAAGGAAGGAUACCGGUCGUACCUCCAGGCGUACGCCUCGCACUCGCUGCGGUCGGUGUUCGAUGUGCACAAGCUGGACUUGGUCAAGGUGGCCAAGGGCUUUGGAUUCUCUACGCCGCCGCGGAUCGACAUCCAGCUGGGUGCUGGCCUGAGCCGGGACAAGAAGCAGCAGCAGCAGGGUCGGCGCACGUACGGCAGCCAGCCGAACAACAAGGGGCUGAAGUUCAAGCGGAAGCAUGACGAUUGA